AUGGAAUAUUAUAAUAAAUUUGUUGGGGAAGAUGAUGAUAAUGAAUUGAAUCGUUCAUCAUUUAAAUUUACAGUUGUACUCAUGAUAAUGAUGGCUAAUACAAUUCCAUUGCUAUUUGUAAAUGUUUAUAGUUUGGUGGCUGCCAUUAUUGGAUUACAUGUAAUUGUAUUGGGUUUCAUUGGUGCUUAUUCUAAAAGAAGAAAUUUAAUUGCUUUUUAUAAUGUUGUAAUGAUAGUUUUAACAUUAUUUAUACUUAUUGGUAUGGUGAUGACUUUAUUUGCCAUUGGAAGUUCUGACGAGUCGUUUCUUUUCUUUCCAGUUGGUUGUGCUUGGAAUAUUAUUGCAAUCAUUCUUACGGUUGGUUGGAUAGGUUUAAGUGUAUUUUCUAUAUAUUGUUCGACUAGAGUGAAAAGAUUAUUAGAUUAUUAUCAUUUUUCACAUACACCAACUAUUUAUACUCCAAUUCUUCAAAAAGAUCUUGUUCACCAACCAUUUAUUUAUGGUGGUUUGUCAGAUAAUCAUCAUGGUGCAACAUCAUCAACAUCACAGUCUGGUGCAGGUCAAUACCAAAGUUUUAACAUUUUCCCAACCUAUUCUGAAUUAUAUAGAGAAAACAACAACAACAAAAAUAUUAUAACUACUACCAAAAACAUUGAUAUUACUUCAAGUAAUCUUACAACUCCACAAGUAGGUUCAUAUUCAUCAGAUACAAUGAGUAAUUUAUCAUCGCCAAACAACAACAGCAACAAGAAUUCAUUAUUAAUUCCACAAGUAUACAAUUACACACAAUUUCAUGUAAAUUAUCCUACUCUAUAUAAAUCAAAAUAA